AUGGAAGCUGUCGCUGUUAGUUACGCCGUCCCUGUCUUACACAACAUCAACGGGCUAGAGAUCAAAACGAGCAUUAUACACACACCGAAAAAGUCUCCUUCAGAAUACAUUGAGCUAAAUGAAGAUGGAGUGAUUGGGAAUGCGACUGCGGUACAUGACGGUCCCGUAUACAUCUGCCUCGCCGAGAACUACGACUACUGGUGCGCAGACCUUGGUGUUGAUCGAUCAGAAUGGGACUGGUGCCAUUGGGGAGAGAACAUCACUUUUAAGUGUACAAGUAAAACCCUGACUGAAUCUGACUUUCGGUUGGGCGAUGUAUGGAGAGUUGGCAGCAGCGUUCGCUUGCAAGUCUGUGGAUCUCGUAUCCCUUGUAUGAAGUUAUCAUGGAGAUGCGGCCAGAAAGACUCAUGGCUGAAAACACUAGCCGACACUGGUCGGGUGGGUGUCUACUUCAGAGUCCUCAGCAGGGGCCGUAUCUAUCCUGGGGAUCGCGCGGUCCAAGAAUCAUCAUCGGGAGAUACUAUGGAUGCGGCAACUAUCACUCGGCUGGCCUUCGACUCGGACCUCAAGACCCGCGACACUCUAAACUUAUUGGCAAACCAUGAUGCCCUCCUCCGAUUGAAUCGGCUAAUCAUCAAUCGAAAGGUUGCCGGGAUCGAUGAUAAAGUGAACAAAGGUAGAAACGCGUGGAAGGGGUGGCGAGAGUUGCGAGUUUCUCGAAUCGUUGAUGAAGGCAAUGGUAUAAAGUCAUUCCAUAUCUGUUCGGAAGACGACAAAGACCUUGCUUGGUAUCUACCAGGACAAUUCCUCACCAUACGGCUACCAACAGGCGAUAUCCGCAGUUGGAGUAUCUCGGACUGGCCAGGACGGAUCCAGCCCCAAUACUAUCGCAUCAGCAUCAAAGAAGCAGGGCACGCUUCUUCAUGGAUGUGCAACGAAUGCGAAGAGGGAACUAUCCUCUCAGCACGUUCCCCAGCUGGGAGGUUCGUUCUAGAUUGGUCACAGGCGGUAACUCCCCGACAACUAUACUUAUCCGCUGGAAUCGGCAUCACGCCUAUACUUGCUAUGAUGAAAGCUCAUGCCAAUCAUCCCAACAUGAAUGUAGUACCAGGCAUCUGGAUCCAUGUGGUCAAAGAUGGGAGAGGUCUGCAGUUUGAUAACGAGUUCCUCCAGAUUGAGAACAAUCCUAUCAAGAAGUUUGUUUUCAUGACACAGCCUCGUGACAUUGACAUACACGAAAAAGACUACGACUUCUUAGGAAGGCCGAGUUUGGAUACAAUUACAGAGCUACUGGGAGAGACAUACAAGUUCAACCCAUUUGGGACCACUGCAAUGGACUUGCCAGCUAAGUUCUCAGCAGCAUAUAUAUGCGGCCCUACAGACUUCGAAGAAAACAUGAAGAGUAUACUUGUGAACCGAAAUAUUCCUCCGCCUUUCAUUCAUAGCGAAAGCUUCUCGGCAUCUGGUCACGCGGUUGGAGAUUUGGAGAGAGCCACAGUCCGAUUUACCAAGUCUAGCAAGACUGCACAAUGGAAGAAGGACAGUUCUAUGUCAUUGCUGGAACUCGCAGAGUCUGUCGGUAUGGCACCCGAUUAUGGCUGUCGCGUAGGUGCUUGUGGAAGCUGCGUCGCGAAAGUAACUUGUGGCUCAGUUUCAGGAGGUAUUCAAAUGGAUGGAAGCGUAUUGACGUGCUCAGCGAUUCCUACAUCAGAUGUGGUUGAAGUUGAGCUUUGA